CGCCGAAGAAGCGUCUGCUGCUCGCGUUGUGCCAGCUGUCCUCGCGCACUCGGCCAGUGCUGGGCAUCGGAGACAGGCUCCUGCUGAGUAGGAUCACGGAAUCUGCGAACCGGGACUAUGGCUGCUAACAUGGGGUCCAUGCGUAUCCUCAUCAAGGGGGGAAAGGUGGUCAAUGAUGACUUCACCCAGGAAGCAGAUGUCUACAUCGAGAACGGCAUCAUACAGCAGGUUGGAAAGGAGCUGAUGAUACCAGGCGGAGCUAAGGUGAUAGAUGCCUCUGGAAAGCUGGUGUUACCGGGCGGAAUUGACACCAGUGUGCAUCUGCAGGAGACCUUCAUGAACGCCACCAUCCAGGACGACUUCUACAGUGGGACCAAGGCGGCUCUGAUGGGUGGUACCACCAUGGUGAUGGCUCUGGUUCUGCCUGAACAACACUGCUCCCUGCUGGACGCCUACGAGAAGUGCAGGGCUCUGGCCGAUGCCAAGGCGUGCUGCGACUAUGCUCUGCACGUCGGGCUGACCUGGUGGGGACCAAAGGUGCGUAAUGAGAUGGAGACCCUGGUGAGGGAACAUGGAGUGAACUCCUUCCAGGUGUUCAUGGCCUACAAAGACAUGAUGAUGCUGCGGGAUUCAGAGCUCUACCAGACUCUGCAGACCUGUAAGGACAUCGGUGCCAUUGCCCGAGUCCACGCUGAAAACGGAGAGCUGGUGGCCGAGGGUGCCAAAGAGGCUCUGGAUUUGGGCAUCAGUGGGCCGGAGGGAAUAGAGAUCAGUCGACCAGAGGAGCUGGAGUCUGAGGCCACUCACAGAGCCAUCACCAUCGCCAACAGGGCUCGCUGCCCAAUCUACCUGGUAAAUGUGUCCAGUAUGUCUGCUGGUGAUAUGAUCGCUGCUGCUAAGAUGCAGGGUAAGGUGGUCCACGGGGAGACUACAGUUGCUCACGCAGUGUUGAAUGGGAUGCAGUAUUACCACCAGGAUUGGGCUCAUGCCGCCGCCCAUGUCAUCGUCCCUCCGCUCCGCCUCGACCCAAACACACCCAGCUACCUCAUGGGCCUGCUGGGCAAUGACAAUCUGAGCGUGGUGGCAUCAGAGCACCGUCCGUUCAGCACCAAGCAGAGAGCUUUGGGCAAAGAGGACUUCACCAAGAUCCCUCAUGGAGUGCCUGGAGUCCAGGACAGGAUGAGCGUCAUUUGGGAGAGAGGAGUGGUUACAGGGAAAAUGGAUGAGAAUCGUUUUGUGGCGGUGACGAGCUCCAACGCUGCAAAGAUCUACAACCUGUACCCGCGCAAAGGCCGCAUCAUCCCCGGGGCUGACGCUGACGUGGUGGUCUGGGAUCCAGAUGCAACAAGGACAAUCUCUGUGAGCACUCAGGUGCAGGGCGGAGACUUCAACCUGUACGAAGGGAUGCGUUGCCACGGCGUCCCUCUGGUCACCAUCAGCCGGGGGCGUUUGGUGUGUGAGAACGGCGUGUUCAUGUGCGCCGAGGGGUCCGGAAAGUUCUACCCGCAGCGUACUUUCCCCGACUACCUCUACAAGAAGAUGGUGCAGAGGGAAAAGACUCAGGCUUACAAAGGGGUGGACAGGGAUCCGUACUCUGGUGAUGUGGCCAAGGUUGCGAACACCAUGAAGAAGGAACUCGGUUUGGGCCCCAUAGAUGGAGAGACGCCCAACAAAGCCUGCGGUCGAGUGCACUCCGGAAUCCGAGACCUUCACGAGUCCUCUUUCAGCCUCUCAGGGUCUCAGGUCGACGACCACAUCCCGAAGAGGUCCUCGGCUCGGAUCCUGGCCCCUCCCGGCGGCCGCUCCAGUGGUAUCUGGUAACCGCUGGUGUUGGAGCUUCAUCCGUCCGAGCCGCCGUUUUUUUGUACAUUUCUGAACAACCAGAAAAACUGCACUGAUUUUCAAUCACAGGAUAAAAAGUAAAGAUGGCAAAAAAAUUUCAAGCACGCGUCUGUGAUUGGUGACGAAACGCCGAUGAUCAGAGAUUCUAAUCUGUGUCUUAAUUGGAGCGACUGCUCUGAUCGAAGGGCUGUCUCUGGAUUUAAAUUGUUCUGCCAAAAUCGAGCUGAUCAUACUAACUCUGAUAAAGUCCGCUCAUUAUCACCCUGCCUGUAUCGUAAACUGUGAAAUGUCAAAACCAGUACAGUUUUUGAUGGUUAGAACUGAAGUGAUGUCGACCGAAUUAUUUAAAACUGUAUCUAUUACACCCCCGUCUCUCACACACACACACACACACACACACACACAGACGUACACUGUAGACACCAUAGCUUUAGACUCAUGUGAAGAUGUGUGUGGGUCCUGUUUGUGGUUACACCGCCCACUCGGCGUUCCGCUGCAUCGUGGGUUCCUCAAACAGUGUUUUUGUUUUUGAUGAAAUGCGCCAUGUGGUGAUGAAAUCCAACUGCUUCAAACACCGUGUCCUCGUAAAGAUACACUCUCUGAACAUCCCCGCGCUCUCACUGCCUCUGACUCGGUCACAUGUCCCAGAAACAUUCCCACCUCACCCGCAGUUAUUGAAGAACUCAGCCUGUGAGCUUAGCUGGGAUUAUAACUUUGGCCCCAAACCUGGUCCACUGUCCUCGUCUCAGGGGUGUCUGUAGAGCUCACAGAGUGCAUGAAGGGAACAAAAACAUGUUAUUUAACCUUCGAGUGACUGAGUGGAGUCAUUUAUGUGUGACCUUGUUGUAUUUUUUAAUUAUGAAAAUGUUUCCUUCCAACUUUUUAUUUAUUUAUUUAUUUUACAGAAAUGGGUGCGCUGAGGAUAAUGAUAUUUUUUAACAUUAAAGACUUUGAUUUAAAAAUCAUCAAUUAAUGUAACAUCCAUGUCUUUGACUGUGGGUGGAAGCCCACACAGGCACAGGGAGAACAUGCAAACUACACAGAAAGGCUCCAGCUGCCCAGGGAAUCUGACCCAACAUCCCUUUUUUUCUCCCUGUGAACCUGUGAUGUAAACUAAUAUCUCAUACAUGGCAGAAACAGUAGAGGCAUGAUAAACACAAAUAGAUCCACUAUUAACAAAAAGCUCUCUUUAAUAAAAUAUAUGAUCAUGACUUGAUCAUACAGGUUAUUCAAAGGUUUUUUUAAUAGUGGCCGAGUCCAGUCCGGUGAUUCAGUCACUGAAACGUCUCAGUCGCUUGAGGGUUAAACACAGAACAUGAAGGUGUGGAGAAAACUUAAAAAUACUCGUUUACUCCAGGACGUGACUCUUGACUUACAAAGCUGCAAUUACUCUCUAUUUAUGUCCUGUAAACAUGAGUCCGUCAGUACAUCCUACAGCCUUUCUGCGACUCUUAUUGCUCUCUGGGUCGCAGGUUCAAAUAAAUGAUUAAACCAGCGUCUGAACAUGACUCAAACUUGAGUCUAUUUUCAAGCAUUUAAGGCUCUGUUAGAGCAGCAGGAUGCUCUCUGUGGCUCUGACUCUGACUUUCUCUUUUUAUUAGACCGUGAGCUCCAGCACAGACGACCUGUAAUACACAGUAAUAAUAAAGGAUACGUUAAUAGCAGGAAAAAUGAUAGUAAGGGCAGCUUCUUAGUGAGAAACGUCAGGUACAAGAAAAGCUACUGUUGUGACUCUUUGAGGCAAACAAGUAAAGGGCACAUUUUGGAUUAUGUUGUGUGUCAGCUCACUGAAUAUUUUCUGUGCAUACUAACGAGCCUUUGCACACUUUUCACACUGCAGUCUGAACACACACCAAAUAACUGAGACCUCAGAGUGAGCAGAAAUCAAAGAGUGUUGCUGAGACUGAGAGGCACGUCGUGGACCAGCUGUAGGAACAUACAGUGAGAUGUUUCCAGAGCAGUGAGUCUCCACAGAGCAGGACGAUUGAGCUGCACAGGCUGACGAUAAACCACUACUGAUCCUCUCAUUCCUGCCUACCAGUAUUAUAUUUAUACAUGAUCACGUCUUGUUGUCCGUGCACUCUAUAUAUUUAGGAUGUUUGUUUUUCUAUUCCUGUUCAAAUGUGCCAACGUGAAUCACCUGUGCCACACCGACACCCAUGCAUGAAGAGCACCACAUGAACAGGUGAGGAGGAGGAGUGAAGCUCCCCCCGAUCACCGCAGCUUCACACAAACUGGUGCUGUUUUUCUACAAUUACCUACGACGACGGCGUUGUUUUACUGUUGGAUGGUUUUGUUGUCCUGAAGGCGCCGUGGCGGCUCAGUGGCUGUGCGUGUUUGUAGAUUCUCAUUGUGUUGGGAAGUGAACGUGUUGAAUCUGUAAGUGGCUGCUUGUUUCUUACCACAAGAAUAACAGCAAAAGAAUAAAGUGAGAAAAAAGGA